CUCUCCAGACAGACAGCCUACGCUCCGUCCCUGCACAGACCCAGAGAAGGGAGACAGUGGCCGAUCAGCAGCAGAUCGAGGCGAGGCACGAUGCCGGGGCACGCCUGGCACUUUUUCCUCCUCCUGUUCACAGGACUAGGGAGUCCUGAGAGCAUCGGAGCCCAACAGCAGCAGCGGGCCCCAUCCCAUCUGCAACAGACUCAUCAGCAAAGAGGUUUAUUUCCAGCUGUGCUGAACCUGGCCACAAAUGCACUCAUCACCACAAAUGCUACAUGUGGGGAACGAGGCCCUGAAAUGUACUGCAAGUUGGUAGAACACGUCCCUGGGCAACCUGUGAGGAACCCCCAGUGUCGGACUUGCAAUCAGAACAGCAGCUUUGCAUACCAGAGGCACCCAAUCACGAAUGCAAUUGAUGGCAAGAAUACUUGGUGGCAGAGCCCCAGUAUCAAGAAUGGCAUUGAAUACCAUUAUGUGACCAUUACACUGGAUUUGCAGCAGGUGUUCCAGAUUGCAUAUGUAAUUGUCAAAGCAGCAAAUUCACCACGACCUGGAAAUUGGAUAUUGGAACGCUCUCUAGAUGGUGUUGAAUACAAACCAUGGCAGUACCAUGCAAUCACUGACACAGAAUGCCUAACCCGCUAUGGCAUUUAUCCACGUACUGGGCCACCAUCAUAUGCAAAAGAUGAUGAGGUGAUAUGUACUUCAUUUUAUUCGAAGAUCCACCCCCUGGAAAAUGGAGAGAUCCACAUAUCUCUCAUCAAUGGAAGGCCAAGCGCUGAUGACCCUUCCCCAGAACUUCUAGAAUUCACCUCAGCCCGCUAUAUUCGCCUGAGAUUCCAGAGGAUCAGGACCCUAAAUGCAGAUUUGAUGAUGUUUGCCCACAAAGACCCCAGGGAAAUUGACCCCAUUGUUACAAGAAGAUAUUACUAUUCAGUCAAGGAUAUAUCCGUUGGAGGAAUGUGCAUCUGCUAUGGUCAUGCCAGGGCUUGCCCACUUGAUCCAUCAACAAAUAAAUCUCGUUGUGAAUGUGAGCACAACACCUGUGGUGAUAGCUGUGAUCAGUGCUGCCCAGGAUUUCACCAAAAACCUUGGAAAGCAGGGACUUUUCUUACCAAGACUGAAUGUGAAGCAUGCAAUUGUCACGGGAAGGCUGAAGAAUGCUAUUAUGAUGAAAAUGUUGCCAGCAGAAACCUGAGCUUGAAUAUCCACGGAAAAUACAUUGGAGGUGGCGUGUGCAUUAACUGUAGUCAGAACACCACAGGCAUCAACUGUGAGACUUGUAUUGAUGGCUUCUUCAGACCCAAAGGGGUAUCACCAACUUAUCACAGGCCAUGCCAACCAUGCUAUUGUGAUCCAAUUGGAUCUGUAAAUGAAAUCUGUAUUAAGGAUGAGAAACGUGCCAGACGAGGUUUACUCCCUGGAUCUUGCCAUUGCAAACCUGGUUUUGGAGGAGUCAGAUGUGAUCGGUGUGCUCGGGGUUAUACUGGUUACCCUGACUGUGUGCAUUGUAAUUGCAGCGGCUUAGGAAGCACUAAUGAUGACCCUUGUAUAGGGCCCUGUAACUGCAAGGAAAAUGUCGAAGGCAGAGACUGCAGUCGCUGCAAAGUAGGCUUCUUCAAUUUACAAGAGAAUAAUCGCAAGGGCUGUGAGGAAUGCUUCUGCUCAGGAGUGUCAGAUAGAUGUCAAAGCUCCCGCUGGACCUAUAGCAGUAUAAAUGAUAUGGAUGGCUGGUAUCUUACUGACGUAGCUGGUCUCCUGAGCAUUGCACCUCAUCAAGACAACUCUGGUCAAUCCCAGCAACUCAGCAUUAGUAGCAUAGAUGCAAAAAGAGAACUACCACGAAUCUAUUACUGGAGUGCACCUGAACCAUAUUUAGGCAACAAAGUGACAGCAGCCGGAGGACAAUUGAAAUUUACUAUUUCUUAUGACCUCAUAGGAGAGGAAGAAGAUCUAGAAAAUGUAUUGUACAUCACAAUCAUCCUAGAGGGAAAUGGCUUACGAAUCAGCAAAGCCCAGGAGGAAAUCUAUCUGUCACCAUCUGAAGAGUAUACUCAUGUUGUGUUGCUCGAUUCAGAAUUAUUUAAGGUGCACAGCACUGGAUCUCGAGUCAGUAGAAAGGAGUUUAUGACUGUCCUGGCAAAUAUAAAGAGACUUCUCAUACAAGCCACAUACAUCCUUGGGAGGGAUGCCAUCUUCAGGUUGAACUCUGUGAGUCUUGAAUCAGCUGUGCCGUACCCCACUGAUGGAGACCUCGCAGACGCAGUAGAGCUUUGUCAGUGUCCUCCAGGGUAUAGCGGCUCCUCUUGUGAGAAGAGAACUCAUUCUAAUGCUUCCUCUAAUUUCACACCUGCCAAUAAAACUAAGUCUUGUUGGCCUGGGCAUAGGCGAGUUAAUGGUACGAUUUUCAGUGGCAUCUGUGAACCAUGUCAAUGCUUUGGUCAUGCAGAGGCGUGUGAUGACAUCACAGGAGAAUGCAUGGGAUGCAAAGACCACACAGGUGGUCCAUAUUGCAAUAGAUGUCUUCCUGGCUUCUAUGGUGAUCCUACUAAAGGAACUACUGAUGACUGUCAGCCUUGUGCCUGCCCAUUAAACAUACCAUCUAAUAAUUUCAGUCCAACGUGCCACUUAGACUGGAGUCGGGGAUUGAUAUGUGAUGAAUGCCCUGCUGGGUACACAGGACCACGCUGUGAGAGGUGUGCAGAAGGCUAUUUUGGACAACCUUCUGUACCUGGAGGAUCAUGUCAGCCAUGCCAAUGCAAUGACAACCUUGACUUCUCCAUCCCAGGCAGCUGUGACAGCUUGUCUGGCUCUUGUCUGAUAUGUAAGCCAGGUACAACAGGCCGCUAUUGUGAGCGCUGUGCUGACGGAUAUUUUGGAGAUGCAGUUGAUGCAAAGAACUGUCAGCCAUGUCGCUGUAACCUCAAUGGCUCAUUCUCAGAGGUUUGCCACACAAAGACAGGGCAAUGUGAAUGUAGACCCAAUGUUCAAGGACUUCGUUGUGAUGAGUGUCAGCCCCAGUUGCAGUGGGACUCAGAGAAGCAAUUCUGUGUCUUUUGUGACUGCAACCCUCUUGGCUCUGUGUCAUCUCACUGCGACAGGACCGGAAGAUGUGUCUGUAAAUCAGGAUUUGUAGGUAAAAAGUGUGAAGUCAGCAGGCAGGUGCAUAAACAGGAGGAGAAGCCGUGGAUGACCCAACAACUGCAAGGUCCUCCCCCUCCUCCUCUGAGAUGGGGUUCUGUCAGCGCAAGUGGGUGCCCUCGAGGGGCCUAUAGGCCCCAAUCUCUGCCUCAAACCUUUGGCCUACAGUCCUCUCGGGGCUGUGUUCCCUGUAACUGCAAUUCCUUUGGAUCCAAGUCUUUUGAUUGUGAAGAGAGUGGGCAGUGCUGGUGCCAGCCUGGAGUAGCAGGAAAGAAAUGUGACCGAUGUGCUCAUGGCUUUUUCAACUUUCAAGAGGGAGGAUGCACUCCCUGUGAGUGUGCGCAUCUGGGUAAUAACUGUGACCCAAAUACUGGCCAAUGUAUUUGUCCUCCCAACACCAUUGGAGACAAGUGUGAUAAGUGUGCACCUAAUUCUUGGGGCUACAGUAUCAUCCAUGGCUGUAAGGCUUGUAAUUGCAGUUUGGUGGGAUCACUUGAUUUCCAGUGUAAUAUUAACACCGGCCAGUGCUCCUGUCAUCCAGAGUUCUCUGGCACAAGAUGUACAGAAUGCAAUUUUGGCCAUUGGAAUUAUCCUCAUUGCAAUCUGUGUGACUGCUUCCUGGCUGGGACCGAUGCAUCAACCUGCAACUCAGAAACUAAAAAAUGUGCAUGCCUUAAUCAGAGCGGACAGUGCACUUGUAAGGUGAAUGUGGAAGGUGUCCACUGCGACAGGUGCCGGCCUGGCAAAUUUGGACUUGAUGCCAAGAACCCACUUGGCUGCAGCAGCUGCUAUUGCUUUGGCACAACUACCCAGUGCACUGAAGCAAAGGGACUGAUCCGUACGUGGAUAACACUGACACCUGAACAGACCAUCCUACCACUGGUGGAUGAAGCCCUCCAACACACAACCACCAAAGGAAUUGCUUUUCAGAACCCAGAGAUUGUUGCAGACAUGGAGCGGGUGAGAGAGGAUCUCCAUCUGGAACCUUUUUAUUGGAAACUUCCAGAACAAUUUGAAGGGAAGAAGUUGAUGGCCUAUGGUGGCAAGCUGAAGUACACAAUCUACUUUGAAGCUCGUGAAGAAACAGGAUUUUCUACCUAUAACCCACAAGUUAUAAUUCGAGGUGGAACUCCUACUCAUGCUAGAAUUAUCACCCGGCAUAUGGCAGCUCCUCUAAUUGGACAACUGACAAGGCAUGAAAUAGAAAUGACAGAGAAUGAAUGGAAAUAUUAUGGUGAUGACCCACGCACAAGUAGGAUGGUGACACGUGAGGACUUCUUAGAUGUACUCUAUGACAUUCAUUACAUCCUUAUCAAGGCUACUUAUGGGAAUAUCAUUCGGCAAAGCAGAAUUUCAGAGAUCUCAAUGGAAGUAGCUGAAGAAGGGGCUAUAUCAGCAUUAAGUCCACCAGCUCGCUUGCUUGAAAAAUGUGACUGUCCCCCAGGUUAUUCUGGUUUCUCCUGCGAGGCCUGUAUGCCAGGAUUUUAUAGAUUGCCUUCUGAAUCUGAUGGCCGGAUACCUGGACCAAGCCUGGGCACUUGUGUUCCAUGUCAGUGUAAUGGACAUAGCGAUACGUGUGACCCUGAAACUUCCAUAUGUCAGAACUGUCAACACCACACUGCUGGUGACUUCUGUGAAAGAUGUGCUGUUGGAUACUAUGGAAUUGUCAAGGGACUGCCAAAUGAUUGCCAGCAAUGUGCCUGCCCGCUCAUCACUUCUAGCAACAAUUUUAGCCCUUCUUGCAUCUCAGAAGGACUUGAUGACUAUCGAUGCACAGCUUGCCCACGUGGAUAUGAAGGCCAGUACUGUGAAAGAUGUGCCUUUGGCUACACUGGCAGCCCAAGUAGCCCCGGAGGUUCCUGCCAAGAAUGUAAGUGUGAUCCAUAUGGCUCACUGCCUGUCCCCUGUGACCCAGUCACUGGACAUUGCACUUGCCGACCUGGAGCCACUGGACAGAAGUGUGAUGGCUGCAAACCCGGGCAUGCGCGCGAUGGCAUGGAGUGUGUUUUUUGUGGUGAUGAAUGUACAGGACUCCUUCUCGGUGACUUGGCUCGCCUUGAGCAGAUGGCUGCUAGCAUCAACCUUACUGGCCCACUGCCUGCACCAUAUAAAAUGCUAUACAAUUUUGAAAAUGUGACUCAGGAGCUAAAGCACUCAUUGUCACCUCAGCGGGCACCAGAGAGACUUCUUCAACUGGCAGAAAGCAAUCUGAAUACGUUGGUGACUGAAAUGGAUGAACUUCUCACGAGAGCUACCAAGGUGACAGCAGAUGGCGAGCAGACUGGGCAGGAUGCUGAGCGAACCAACAUGAGAGCAAAGAUUCUGGGAGGAAUCGUUAAGGAAAUUGUCCAGGAUGCAGAAGCUGUAAAUGAAAAAGCUAUAAAACUAAAUGAAACUCUUGGAGCACAGGACAAAGCCUUGGAGAAAAAUCUUCAAGAGCUACAGCGAGAGAUCGAUCAGAUGAUGGCAGAAUUAAGGCAGAAAAAUCUAGAUAUGCAAAAUGAAGUUGCCCAGGAUGAGUUGGUAGCUGCUGAAGCCCUUCUGAGGAAAGUAAAGAAGUUGUUUGGAGAAUCCCGGGGGAAAAAUGAAGAGUUGGAAAAAGAGCUCAGGGACAAACUGACUGAUUACAAAAGCAAAGUAGAUGAUGCCCAGGACCUGUUGAGAGAAGCCACCGAUAAAAUCAGAGAGGCUGAUCGCUUAUCUGAAACAAACCAAAAAAACAUGACUGAUCUGGAGAAAAAGAGACAAGCUGUUGAAAGUGGCAAACAAGAAGCUGAGAAUACAUUAAAAGAGGGCAAUGACAUACUUGAUGAAGCCAACCAUCUUGCUGAUGAAAUCAACUCUGUGAUAGAUUUUGUUAAAGACAUUCAGAAAGAGUUGCCAACAACAUCUGAAGAACUCAAGGAUAAAAUAGAUGAUCUGUCCCAGGAAAUUAAAGGGAGAAGACUUCCAGAGAAGGUGUUGCAGGCUGAAGACCAUGCAGCUCAGCUGAAUGGAUCAUCUGCGGUGCUAGAUGGAAUCCUCGAAGAAGCUAAAAACAUCUCCUUCAAUGCUACUGCAGCCUUCAAAGCUUACAGCAACAUCAAAGACUACAUUGAUGAAGCUGAAAGGGUUGCCAAGGAAGCCAAAGGUCAUGCGAACGAAGCCACACAACUGGCCUCUGGUCCUCAGGGUUCAUUAAAGGAUGAUGCCAAAGGUUCUCUUCAGAAGAGCUUCAGAGUUCUAAAUGAAGCUAAGAGGCUAGCAAAUGACGUUAAAGAAAAUGAUGAUAAUCUGAGAAACAUGAAAAACAGAUUGGAAAAUGCUAAUGAAAAGAAUAGUGACCUCCUAAAAGGUCUGAAUGACACACUGGGAAAGUUAUCAGCCAUUCCAGCUGAUACAGCUGCAAAAUUGCAAGCUGUUAAAGACAAAGCAAGACAAGCCAAUGAUACAGCAAAAGAUGUCCUGGCACAGAUUAAAGAUCUCAACCAGAACCUUGCAGGCCUGAGGAACAAUUACAAUAAACUGGCAGAUGAUGUAGCCAAGACAAAUGCUGUGGUGAAAGACCCUGCCAAGAACAAAAUCAUUGCAGAUGCAGAUGCCACUGUUAAAAAUCUUGAGCAAGAAGCUGAUCGAUUGAUAGAUAAACUCAAGCCAAUCAAGGAGCUUCAGGAUAACCUGAAAAAAAAUAUCUCUGAGAUAAAGGAACUAAUAAACCAAGCCCGGAAACAAGCCAAUUCUAUCAAAGUCUCUGUGUCUUCUGGAGGUGACUGCAUUCGAACGUACAGGCCAGAAAUCAAGAAAGGAAGCUACAAUAACAUCAUUGUCAACGUGAAGACAGCUGUUGCUGAUAAUCUCCUUUUUUAUCUUGGCAGUGCCAAGUUUACUGAUUUUCUGGCCAUAGAAAUGAGAAAGGGGAAAGUGAGCUUCCUCUGGGAUGUCGGCUCUGGAGUUGGACGAGUUGAAUACCCAGAUCUGACCAUUGAUGACUCCUAUUGGUACCGAAUUGAAGCAUCAAGAACUGGGAGGAAUGGAACUAUUUCUGUUAGAGCACUGGAUGGUCCCAAAGCCAGCAUCAUACCAAGCACAUACAAUUCAAUCUCUCCCCCAGGCUAUACAAUUCUAGAUGUGGAUGCAAAUGCAAUGCUCUUUGUUGGUGGCUUGACUGGAAAAUUAAAGAAGGCCGAUGCUGUACGAGUUAUUACCUUCACUGGAUGUAUGGGUGAAACAUACUUCGACAGCAAACCCAUAGGGUUGUGGAAUUUCCGAGAUAUAGAAGGUGACUGCAAAGGAUGCACAGUCAGUCCGCAGGUAGAAGACAGUGAGGGUACUAUCCAGUUUGAUGGAGAAGGCUAUGCUUUGGUCAGCCGCCCCAUACGCUGGUACCCCAAUAUCUCUACAGUCAUGUUCAAGUUCAGGACCUUUUCUUCAAGUGCUCUCCUGAUGUACCUUGCCACCCGAGACCUGAAAGAUUUUAUGAGUGUAGAACUCACUGAUGGACACAUAAAAGUCAGCUAUGAUCUGGGCUCAGGCAUUGCUUCUGUUAUCAGCAACCAAAACCAUAAUGAUGGGAAAUGGAAAUCCUUCACCCUGUCAAGAAUUCAAAAACAAGCCAAUGUCUCUAUUGUAGACAUUGAUACUAACCAGGAGGAGAACAUAGCAACAACAUCUUCGGGAAAUAAUUUUGGCCUUGACUUGAAAGCAGAUGACAAGAUAUAUUUUGGUGGCUUGCCAACCCUGAGAAACUUGAGUAUGAAAGCCAGGCCUGAAGUAAACUUGAAGAAAUAUGCUGGAUGCCUCAAAGAUAUUGAAAUUUCACGAACGCCAUAUAAUAUACUCAGUAGUCCCGAUUAUGUUGGUGUGACCAAAGGAUGUUCACUUGAGAAUGUAUAUAUUGUCAGUUUUCCCAAGCCUGGAUUUGUAGAGCUUCCACCAGUGCCACUGGACGUUGGCACCGAAAUCAACCUUUCUUUCAGCACCAAGAAUGAGUCUGGGAUCAUUCUUCUAGGAAGUGCUGGAACUAAUAAUUCACCAAGGAGAAAACGCAGACAGACCGGACAGGCCUACUAUGCUAUAUUCCUGAACAAAGGCCGCCUGGAAGUGCAUCUCUCCACGGGAGUGAGGACCAUGCGCAAGAUUGUGGUCAAGCCAGAGCUAAUCCCAUUUCAUGAUGGCAGAGAACAUUCUGUUCAUGUGGAACGAACAAGAGGCAUGUUUACUGUCCAAGUGGAUGAAGACAGAAAGCAUACGCAGAACCUGACAGUGGAACAGACUAUUACCAUUAAAAAACUCUUUGUAGGAGGCUCUCCGUCUUCAUUUCAACCUCCCCCACUCAGAACCAUACCUCCUUUUGAAGGUUGUAUAUGGAACCUUGUUAUUAACUCCAUCCCAAUGGACUUUGCUCAACCUGUGUCCUUCAAAAAUGCAGACAUUGGUCGCUGUAUAGAUCACAAACCUGGUGAAGGAGAGGUUGAAGUUACUCCAGAACAAACUGUUUUCCCUCCUGAUUCUGACCUUGAAGAGGAUAAAGAGACCACACCAGCCUUUCCGAAAUUCCCCUCUCCACCACCUACACCUAUUCUUGCUCAUGGACCCUGUGCUGCAGACAUAGAACCAGCUCUUUUGAUAGGAAGCAAGCAGUUUGGACUGUCAAGAAACAGCCAUAUCGCGAUUGCUUUUGAUGACACCAAAGUUAAAAACAGCCUCACAAUUGAAUUUGAAAUACGAACUGAAGCUGAAUCAGGCUUGAUGUUUUACAUGGCUCGGAUCAACCAUGCCGAUUUUGCUACAGUCCAACUGAAGAAUGGCAUGCCCUACUUCAGCUAUGAUCUUGGGAGUGGUAACACAAGUACUAUGAUCGCCACCAAAAUCAACGAUGGUCAAUGGCACAAGAUUAAGAUCUUCCGGACCAAGCAAGAAGGAAUCUUACUUGUAGAUGGUGCUUCUAACAGGACAACCAGCCCCAAGAAAGCUGAUAUCCUGGAUGUUGUGGGGAUGCUGUAUGUUGGAGGACUGCCCAUCAACUACACAACAAGAAGAAUUGGUCCAGUCGUCUACAGUAUUGAUGGCUGCAUGAAGAAUCUUAAAAUGACAGAGGCUCCUGCAGACCUUGAAAAUCCAACCUCCAGCUUCAAUGUUGGCACAUGUUAUGUAAAUGCUCAAAAAGGAACAUAUUUUGAUGGAACAGGUUUUGCCAAAGCAGUUGGAGCCUACAAAGUAGGAUUGGACCUUCUUGUGGAGUUUGAGUUCCGUACAACUAGAACCACUGGUGUUCUCCUGGGAAUCAGCAGCCAAAAAAUGGAUGGCAUGGGCAUUGAACUGGUAGAUGAAAAACUCAUGUUCCAUGUGGACAAUGGUGCAGGCCGGUUCACUGCUAUUUAUGAUGCUGGUGUUCCUGGAGCCUUGUGUGAUGGGGAGUGGCAUAAGGUGAUUGCAAACAAAAUCAAACACCGAAUAGAGUUGACAGUGGAUGGGAACCUGGUGGAGGCUCAGAGUCCAAACACUGCAUCUACAUCAGCUGAUACAAAUGAUCCUGUCUUUGUUGGAGGAUACCCAGAUGGUCUCAAUCAGUUUGGCCUCACAAUCAAUAUCCCAUUCAGAGGAUGCAUUCGCUCACUGAAAUUCACCAAAGGCACUGCCAAAGCUCUGGAAAUUAACUUUGCAAAAGCCUUGGAGCUAAAGGGUGUUCAGCCUGUAUCUUGCCCUGCCAACUAAUAGAAAGAGCUUUAAAUCCCAAGUUGGGUCUUUGGAAACAAAUGUAUUAAGUAAAACAAAUAUGCUUUACCUACAUAUAUGAAUAAAAAUUGGUGCAGCAAAAUUGUAUUCUC